CUAUAUGCAAAUUGUCUUACUACCUCGUAUGUCGUACUGAUGAUCCUGGGAGUAACGUCUUUCACUUUGAAUCUUCUACGUAUGUCUCAGUCACUUCGGGGCCAAUGGAAAUUCGAAGAGAUAUGGAUACAAAUGUUAUCAAUAUCCGUUCACAUAGUGUACCUAUUUAUGGCGAAUUACUUAGGACAAAUAGUCACGGAUAGUAGUUCCAACGUUUUCACGGAACUACAUAACUCCCGAUGGUACACUGCGUCAGAGCGGACACAAAAGUUAUUACUGUUCUUUAUACAGCAUUGCACGAAGACUUAUACCGUUGUCCUUUGGGGUCUGUAUCCAACAAAUUUCGAAGGAUUUAGUUCGGUAAUAUAA